AUGGCUGCUAGCGCUAUCGCAUUUUCCCAUCACCCUCAAGCACAGUCAACCUACAAGAUCCCCCUCCUGGCAGGAGACAAUGCAUAUCUAGGAGACUUGUUCUCUUCAGAUAAGAGCAACCCUGAGAAGCCCAUCUCAUCAGGCCUCUAUAGGUUAGAGAAAGGCGAGCCGUUGGUAUACACAUACAAGUAUGAUGAGAUGAAGAUUAUCUUGGAAGGAGAUUUCACCAUCUCCGAUGAGACUGGUCAGAAAGUUACAGCCACCAAGGGCGACGUAUUUUUCUUCCCUAAGGGCUCAACUAUCACAUUUACGACUUCAGGCUUUGGCUUGGCCUUUUACGUUGGACAGAGAAAAGAGAGCGAUUUUUAG